CUCUUUUAAAUAAUUCCAUCCCUAUUUAGCAUUCAAUUAAUGAUUAGAGUCCCUCAACGUAAGCUAUUCCUAAAUAAUAGGAUGAGCAGCUUAUCUCUCUUUCGAUACUUCUCUCUCUGCUAACUGAUUUUUUAUUUACUUGAAGUGUCCUACACCAACUCUACGUCUAUAGUUUUCCCAUAGCUAUAUAUAAUACCCCUUACUCUAAAUUCAUUAUGUGAGACCCCUUUAGUUCCCAUACCCCUUUAGUUCACAAAACAAUGCCUCCCGUUAAAAAGAUUUUAUCUGACGUGACACUUCAACUCCAACGUCAUGAAGCCUUUUUAUUACGUGUUGUUCGUAAGUGGAUGGUGCCAUAUGAUGAUGCACAAAGGGGCAAUAAAUCCAUGGAAUUGGUUUUAGUUGAUGAGAAGGAAGUUCGCAUUCAAGCAUCUAUAUCCCGUACGGAAAUUCAACUAUUUGAAAGCCAGUUGGAAGAAGGUGGGUUGUAUGCCAUGUGUAAUUUCACUGUCAAGGCGAAUAAUGGAAAGUGGAGACCGGCAUCACACCCUUUCAGGUUACAAUUCCAUGAAGGAACUAAGGUUAAGUGUCAGGAAUUAAAAGACCAUAAGGACUUUCCCCUACACAUUUAUAAUUUUACUUCUUUCAACGAUAUUCACAACUGCCCUGAUGGAAAAAGUACUACAGAUCUCAUUGGUAAGAGUUUAGUAAUAUAAUAAUACUUAUAUGUAGAACUUUAUAAUAAACACAAAUCAUAUAACUGCAUCUAUAUAUGGUCACCUAAAUGAGUUUCUAUUUCUUAUUUUUAGAUGUAAUUGGUGUGUACAAUCCCCUCGAAAAAUUCAGUAAGCAUUAUACCGAUUCAGGAUCAACAUACACUAACUUUUAUAUUCGGGACAUCGAGUUAAGUAUAUCAAAUUGGCCCCGUUUCCAAUUGUAUGUUAUUAAGAUUAUCUAUAUUUAUCUUUCAUUCUCAUUCUUACGCUUAUCUUCUUUCUUUAUAGGAAUAAAAGUCUCUUUUGUACUUUAUGGAAUGUGUAUGUGGACCAGUUUGAGACGUAUUUAUCUCAACCGGGAACAAAUCCAGUUGUUAUCUUGCUACAGAUGUGCCGUAUUAAUCCAAAAUAUGGUUAAUUACAUGCAUCUAUUUCUUAUCAUUGAGACAUUAUUUUUAUUUUUAUAGUUUUUAGUUGAUAAAAACAUAUGCAAAUAUAUGGCUGUUUUAGGCAGAUGUUCCUCAAACGGUGUAGCUACAUCUUACCAUGUGACAAAACUUCUUCUUGAUGCACAUGUCCCAGACAUAGAAGACUUUCGCCUUAG